AUGAAUUAUGUGUCCACUGACAAUAAGAACAAUAUGAGUGAUGCUAAAAAGAAAGUCGAUCAUUUAGCAAUAUUUAAGCAACGAACGAAAACUGAUGACAAUGCGGAAAUGUCUGAGGUUACUAUUAUAUCUGCGAGAAAAACUGGAAAUUUAAACCUCUCAUCGAGAGGAUUGUUUACGGUACCUGACAGAGUAUGGAGUAUAAAUGAAUUAACUGAUCAAGAAGUAAGAGAUCUACAUUAUGAACUUGAUUAUGUACAUGAAAAUGAGCGAUGGUGGGAGCAAGAACCACUUAAGACAUUAGACUUAAGCUUUAAUAGCUUGGCAAUAAUUGAUUCCAAAAUAGAAUGUUUAUCAGAGCUGACCACAUUACUUCUACAUGAUAAUUUGUUAGAGGAUUUACCUUCUGAAAUUGGAAAUUUAAACAAAUUAAAAAUACUAAAUUUAUCAAAUAAUAAGUUGAAACAAUUGCCAUCCCAAUUUUACCAAUUGAAUGAACUUCAGGAGUUACGCUUGAAAAAUAAUAGCAUAAAUAUACUUGAUCCAGCAGUUGGAGACUUAAUUAUGUUAACUCAUUUGGAUCUAUCCUACAAUAAUUUAUCUGAAUUACCAGUGGGAAUGGGAUAUUUAGUGAGAUUGAAAUCUUUGGAUUUAAGUCACAAUAUGUUAAUAGAAUUACCACCAGAUUUAACAAAUAUGAGAGCAUUAAACAAGUUGGAUGCGAGUUGUAAUCAAUUGGAAGUGUUACCACCUCUGGGUGAAUUGAGAAAGGUAGAAACAAUGAUGUUGCAAACUAACAAAUUAAUAACAUUUCCUGAUAUAUCUGGUUGUACAUUAUUGAGAGUACUACAUUUGGCUGACAAUAAUAUUACAGAAAUUGACAUGUCUUGUUUGGAAGGUGUAGGACGAUUAAAAGUUUUAACAUUAGGCAAUAAUAAAAUUGAAACAAUACCAGAGGAAAUAAUGAAACUUGUAUAUUUAGAAAUUUUUGAUCUAUCACACAACAAAUUAACUAUAGUACCAAGCCAAGUUGGUAUAAUGCCCAAUUUGAAACAAUUUGUGAUUGAUGGAAAUGAUGUACAAAAUAUAAGAGCUGAUAUAAUAAGGUGUGGUACACCUAGAAUUUUAAAGCACAUACGACAAAGUAUUAAAAGUACAAGUAACUUAAGUACAAAAGAAUGUGUGAUAACAGACGCCAAUCCAAGUAUAUAUCCAGAUAAAUAUACAAUGCAAAGUACAAAGCUGCUUAGUUUGGCUGGACAAAACCUUAUUGAAUUGCCACACGAAGUGUUGGAGAAUGCAUGCAAAGCUGAUGUAAGCAUAGUGGAUUUAAGUAGAAAUAAACUUUCUGAGUUACCUGAUCAAUUGUGUAUGAUAGCCACGAUUGCUGAUUUAAAACUAGCAUCUAAUGAAUUAACACAUAUACCAGAAUGGAUUGGUGAGAAAUAUAAAUACCUACAGGCUUUGGAUUUAAGUAAAAAUUUUCUAGAAUCACUACCUUCUACACUUGGUUUACUUAAAUAUUUGCGAGAAAUUAACAUUUCAUUUAACAGGUAUAAAGAAAUACCAGAAUCAGUUUAUGAUAUUGAUUCUUUGGAAAUAUUAAUUGCAAACAACAAUUCAAUUACAAAUAUUGAUGUAUCAUAUUUACAAAAACUACAGAAGUUAGCAACAUUAAAUCUUGGGAACAAUAAUAUUGGCUAUGUACCACCAGAGUUGGGUAACUUAAAGAAUAUAAGAAAUUUAAUUUUGUCUGGCAAUUGCUUCAAGCAACCACGGCAAGCAAUUUUGGCAAAGUCUACAGAAGAAAUUCUUGCUUACCUUAGAGACAGAAUACCACGUUCAAAUUAAAAAGCUGUUGAAAUCCAUUUAAAUGUUUAGUCCACUUGGAUGAAUGUUGUACAGAAUUAACAAAAUAUUUAAGAUGCCAAUUAUAAAUUGUUAUCUGAAGAUCACAUUUUAUAAAUAAAUUAUUUUUAAAACUUAA